CAUUUGGACCUGCUGCAUGCUGCCUGCUGCCUGCCGAAGUUCUUGGUCUUGCACAGUAGUAAUCUACACUCAGGAUGGACACUGUUGUUACAUAUAGUUCUAAAACAGACGAUUCAGUAAGGAUUGAUACCAGGGUUGAAGUAGCCAGUGAAGAAGAGGAGCUGAGGGAGGACUUGACAUUUUAUUUUAUGAGCCCUUGUCAGAAAUACAAGGCAAGAGGUCUGCUUCCAUGGAAAUUAGGGGUGCAGAUUUUAAAAAUUGCCAUGGUUACAACACAGCUUGUUGUUUUCGGCCUGAACAACCAGCUUGUUGUUUCCUACAAGGAAGAGAACGGCAUGGCCUUCAAGCACUUGUUUAUAAAAGGAUAUACAGGCACCGAUGAAGACGACUACAGCCGCUCUGUGUACACCCAGCAAGAUGUUUAUGACAGCAUGCUUUUUGUAAUUGAUCAAUACACGCAUUUAAUGAAUCUCACAGUGUCACCACUCAGUUAUGCCCAAGGCAAGAAUGAUACAGGCGCUUUAAAAAUCUGCAAACAUCAGUACAAGAGAGGACAUGUUUGGCCUUCAAAUGAGACUUUUUAUAUAGACCCAAACAUAGAAACAGAGUGCUUAACCGUAGAGACAAGUAGAAGACAUCCUUUCCAAACGGAUUGGAAAACUGUCAAUGAAACUUUUUUCAACCUGGACUUUUACAGACUUGUCACUGUGGAUAUAACUUUUCAGCUAAAAGGAAUUGACCUUCAAACAAUCCGCUCGCUGGAAUUACCUGACUGUUACGAAUUCUUUAUCACAAUCACAUUUAACAACCAAGGCCACAGUGGAAUAGUUAAAAUCUACUUCGAUAAUGAUGCUUUUAUCAGUGAAUGCAACGGCUGGCACAUAGGAGGAUCCACACAGAAAAACACACACUAUCUUCUGAUUUUUGAUGGGUUUGUCAUUCUGACCUGUUUAGUUUCCAUGGUGCUUUGCACUCGAUCCAUCGUCCUUGCAAUCAGAUUGCUGCGGAGGUUUGACAGAUUCUUUCAUGAGAACUACAAGCGCAGAGCAUCCCAAUCAGAUAAGAAGGAGUUUUUAAACAGAUGGUACAUUGUGGUUAUCAUUAGUGAUAUCAUGACAAUAGUGGGGUCUAUACUGAAAAUGGAAAUACAGGCAAAGAGCCUCACAAGCUAUGAUAUCUGCAGCAUUUUUCUAGGAACCUCUACCUUGCUUGUUUGGGUUGGAGUUAUCAGAUAUCUGGGGUACUUUGAGAAAUACAACGUCCUCAUUUUAACAAUGAGAGCAGCAUUACCCAAGGUCCUGCGUUUUUGUUGCUGUGCAGGAAUGAUCUACCUGGGAUACACCUUCUGUGGGUGGAUUGUACUUGGACCCUAUCACGAGAAGUUUGAAGACCUGAACAGAGUGUCAGAAUGCCUCUUCUCACUGGUCAAUGGGGAUGACAUGUUCGCCACGUUCGCACAAAUCCGGAAGAAAAGCACCCUGGUGUGGCACUUCAGCCGAGUCUACUUGUACUCAUUCAUUGCACUUUUUAUUUACAUGGUGCUCAGCCUCUUCAUUGCACUUAUCACAGAUUCAUAUGAAACGAUUAAGAAAUACCAACAGAAUGGCUUCCCAAUGACAGAUCUCCACAGAUUUAUAAAAGAAUGCAAGGAUUUCCCCUCCGACAGCUGCAGAGAAGAAGAAACGAAUAAUUCCUUUGUAUUCUGCUGUAAAAGACAGGAAAGUGAUGAUAACUUAUUGCUCAUUCAUUGACACAAGGCCAUGGCAAUAAACCUGAAGCACCCGAGAACCACAGGGCAAAAAAGAAAUAAAAAACUUGAAGUUGAAUGCAGUUCGGAGACCCCACUGUGAGAAAGAGCUUCCUAAUUAACUAUGGAAUUAAAACCAAGAAUGGACAAGGAACCGAACCCUCUGCCGUCCUGCUGAUGCAUAUCCAUUGAGGAAGGGAGAGAAUGUAUUAAUGGCUGCAACUGCUUGUAGCUGUAGAUUUUUGUUUAGUGUAAUACUUUAGGAGAUUAAUGAGUUAGUCCAUUUUAAACAUUUACCACACAACCCUAACACAGGCCUUGGCAAGCCCAUGCCAUUAUAAAUGGACCACAGUUGUUUUUCAUAUACAAUGUUUGGUGCAAAUACAAUUAUAAGGUAAACACGAUGGAGAUCUAAAAAGGAUUUUUUUGGCCUGAACUGCAUCUUUGUCACAGUACAAGAUUGCCACGUGUUAAAUGACUUCAUCUUGCCUUUGCCUGAAUUGAGAUGGCAGGUUCCAUAAGGAGCCUGUAUACAAUUGUUGUAUACACAUUUUAAACAAUUAUGUUAUAAAAGUUAUACAAAGAAUGAGUAUUGUUUACCUGGGAACACGCUAAUGUGACCAUGUGCGCUGUGGUGUAUCUGAACCCUUUUAUGAGCUUAUACCUUGACCAGCUGACUGUACAUCUAAUGCAUCUUUUAUUUAUAAAGCGUAAUCACUGUUUGUAAUACAAAACGUAACAUGUGAUGCAAAAAUAGGUUUGUUAUUGAAAUUAUUACCAAUUGUACAAAUAUUUUGCCUGCAGUGAUGUGCUUUGUACAUUGUAUUAGUGUUACACAUUUACGGGUUACACAUUUAGGGGUUAUACAUUGACAUGAAUGAAAGACAUUUCUCCAAGUUGCUUUGGACACUCAUUCAAUGGUGUUUGUCUUCUAUAUCAUUUUGAAAUAUAAAUAGACAAUGAGUUCAUUGAUAUCAGUCCCUGUGGACAUUAGACCGUAUCACAAAACCUAAAACAGCUCCUAAUGUGGCACAAUUCAAAGGGAGGUUGUGUGGAACAUGAUGGCUGUCUGGCUGUAGUCAGCCACAAUUUCCUCACCUUUAGUGAGCUUUUUUUUAUCAGUUGAUAAAAAAAAAACAAAACUAAAAACACAUUUUUUUUUCAUCAGUAAAUACAAUAUAAAAUGAGCUCUUCAGAAUGGGGUUCUGUUUUUUAGGGCGAGUGUAUCCCCACAUAAGGUAGAAAUCAGAAAGGAAAUCUGGACUUGGGAAUCAGUGAUGUUGAAGAUGAAUGGUAUAGCUUGUACAACAAACCAACUGAGGUUUACUAUUUAACCACAUAUGGACAGAAUUCACAGAACGGCAGUACAUUCACUCUUUAUCAUGUAGUUUCACGGCACCCAUUUUAAAAAAAAACUGCUUUUGUCUGGCCACCUGAGUUAUCAGAUGCCCUUUACAGUAUCUACAAUAAACAGUAUUUAAUGUGAUUAAACACACUGAGCAAUUAGUAUCCACUUGUGGUGCUUUCUACACAUUGCAUUUCCAAUGAUUAUUCUGUGCAAACGUCAUUUAUCACCAAUCAGGAAAACAAUAGUAAACUAUAUUAUGAAUACAUCUGUAUUAAACUGAUACCCUAUGACUGUGCGUGCUAUGUUUACUUUGCUAUUGGGUUUGGCAAUGUUGUUGAGUAUGGGAUUUCAAUAUCCACGCCCUGCAUAACCCUAACCCUUUGCAUUGGUGAGGUGCUGUACAGGCAUCGCACACACAAGAUAAAGAAGCCGAUUGCUUACUGUAGUUUAGGUAACUUUCUUGUUUAAAAGCUGCUGUUGACUACUAAAUGUGGUGAGUUUACUGUGAACUGUAUUAUGAUGUCCUGUACUAGCAUGUAUUGUUCCACUCUUGUGUGAUUGGGUUACACAAUGUUCCUUUGUAUUGCUGCUGUCACAUUCU